AGGGUGAUUGGCGCGCGUCAUGUCAUGUGACUAACCUAUUACGAUUCAAUGGCCAGGGGAUUAGCGCACACACAGUCCAUGCUUUGUAACGAGUUUUUUGUCGACUGACAGCGUUCUUACUUCUUUGUUCGCUACCUGCAUCCCAUGGAUGUUGAUCAGACUGAUCAAAUCUCGGAGAGUGGAGAUCAAGAGAUGGAAGUAAUGGAGGAGGAAGAAGAAGAAACUAAAGCUAAGAGUGAAAACGAAGACGAGGAGAUGGAAGAAGAUGAAGAAGAAGCAGAAGGAGAAGGAGAAGAAGAAGAAGAAGAGGAGGAUGAUGAGGAACAAGAGGAAGAAAAAUCAGACAAAGAGGAAGAAAAAUCAGACAAAGAGGAAGAAAAAUCAGACAAAGAUUACUCGUCCAUGUCAAACUUCCCAGAUAAUGAUGCCCUCAAUAAAAUCAAAUGGCCAAAAGAUGUUUCCAAAUCCAACUUCAGAAGCUUCAUGUCUACCACCCGGCCGAUGGUUAGCAAGCUUGGAGUUUACAGCAAAGAGGAGGUCCGGGAUAUUGUCCGAGCCAAGUGGGAGGAACUCACGGCGGCCUCAAGUAACGCGGAUUCAGCCGCAGCUUCCCCUGCUUCCGACGCCCCUCUGGACAGAUCAUCUCGUACUCGCAGGAAGCCUGCCACUUAUCGGAUACCAGACGAGAAUGAAAUUUACGCGGACGAAGACAAACCGCGACGUGGUCGUCGUAGUGCCCCAGACCCCCCUAAAAAGAGAAAGAGCAACAACCACGGGAAAGCAAAACUAAAGAAAACUCUGACCCUCCUAGAGAGGAAGCAGCAGAAAGAGGAGAAGAAACUGAAAGCAGCUGAGGAGAAGUCGAGCCGAGCUAAGGGUAACUCUCCUGCUCCUAUUAGGAUCAAGAUAUCGCUGAAGGGUAAGAACGGUAAGAACGGAAGCGGAGCAAACUCUCGUGCUCAAUCAGACAAUGAGAGUGUAGACAGUGAAGGACCGUCUCUUGCCAGCAAAGCCGAGUCGGAGAUCAGUGACCCUGCUUCUGAUGCUGAGAAAACACACGUAGGAGAAAUCUGUGAGAUCUGUCAACAGGGUGGAGAUCUCCUUCUUUGCAGCGCCUGUAACCGGGCCUUCCACACGGACUGUGUUAACCUGGACGCUGUUCCGGGCGGAGAAUGGUUCUGUAGCAAAUGUGAUGAAGAUGGCAGCUCGGCUGCGGAGGAGGAGGAGGAUGACGAGCAUGUGGACUUCUGUAAACGAUGUAAGGACGGAGGAGAACUGCUAUGUUGUGAGAACUGUACCAGUGCCUACCAUCUCCAGUGCACCAACCCCCCACUUGAGGUGGUUCCUAACGGGAAGUGGCAGUGCGAGCGUUGUGCUUGUCCACCCCUGACCGGGAAAGUGCAGUCCUUCAUAACGUGGAGGUUCAAAGAGGCAGAGGAGAAGGAUAGCAAAGAAAAGAAAGCAAAACAGCAGCGCGAGUACUUGGUUAAGUUCCAUAAUCUCAGCUACUGGCGCUGUGAGUGGGUCCAGGAGGUCCAGCUGGAAGUAUUCUGCAACUCCAAAUUGAGGAACUAUCUCCGGAGGAGUGAAGAUGUGCCUCCUACAUUGGAGGAAGUUGAGGAUACUGGCGAGUUCACUGACCCAAAUGUAAAACUCAUGAUCAACGCUGGAAUACCACCCUCCUGGUUCCGAGUGCACAGAGUGCUGCGAGUGCGGAACAUCAAGAACUCGCCCACAAUCCACCUGGUAAAGUGGAGGGACCUCUCCUACGAGUACGCUACCUGGGAACCUGAGGGAGAGGACGUUCCCGGUCUAGAAGAAGCAAUGGAGGAGUACAAGAAGUUCAAGAAGCUGAACGACAAGAAGUACAGAUGCAUCAGAACGGGGAAAACAAAUGCCCGUUACCAGGGCGACCCUAGUACCAGAUUCGAGAAGCAGCCCGUUUAUAUAGACAUUACUGGGGGCAAGCUUCACCCUUAUCAGUUGGAAGGCCUCAACUGGCUCAGGCAUUGUUGGAGUCAAGAGAGGAAUACCAUUCUGGCUGAUGAGAUGGGACUUGGUAAAACAAUCCAAACUAUCUGCUUCCUCAACUCUCUUAUCAUGGAGGGUCACUGCACAGCUCCCUUCCUAAUCUCAGUUCCUUUAUCUACCCUUGUGAAUUGGGAGAGAGAGUUCGAGUUCUGGGCUCCUGAUCUUUACGUUCUGACUUAUGUGGGAACCAAGGAGAACAGGGCCAUCAUCAGAGAGCACGAGUUUUCGUACGGCGAGGACGCCUUCCACCGCAACACAACCAAAGCCCAGCGUGUCCGGAAAGGAACACAACUCAAGUUUGAUGUGCUACUCACCAGUUACGAGUUGAUCAAUGUGGACAACUCCUGUCUCAGCUCCAUUGAGUGGAGUGUUCUGGUUGUGGACGAGGCUCACAGACUCAAAAACAACAGAUCAUUGUACUUCAGAACACUGACAGCAUACCCUAUAGAGUACCGUCUCCUCCUCACAGGAACACCUCUACAGAACAAUCUAGAAGAGCUCUUCCAUCUCCUGAACUUCAUGGAGAGUAAAACUUUCAACUCCCUGGAGGACUUCCAGAAUCAGUUCGAUAAUAUCGGCAAAGAGGAGCAAGUUCAGAAACUACACGAUCUGCUGUCUCCUCAUCUUCUGAGAAGACUGAAACAAGAUGUGUUGACUGACAUCCCUGCUAAGUCAGAGUGUUUGGUCAGAGUAGAGCUCUCACAAGAACAGAAGAAAUACUACAAGUUGAUAUUGACGAGAAACUACGAAGCACUCACGGCUAAAGGUUACGGAAACUGCUCGCUGAUAAACAUCAUGAUGGAACUUAAGAAGUGCAGUAACCACGCUUACCUGGUUGCUGCUGGAGCUGCUGCAGCUCCCAGAAACAGGUACGGAGGAUACGAGGGUAACUCUCUGAUCCAGGGGUCUGGUAAACUCAUCCUCCUCAAGAAAAUGUUGGCUAAACUCAAGGAGACAGGACACAGGGUCCUGAUAUUCUCACAGAUGAGAAUCAUGUUGGAUAUCCUAGAGGAGUUUUUGGACUUCUUGGGAUACAAGUUCGAGCGGAUUGACGGUGCAAUCACCGGAGCAGACAGGCAGGAAGCUAUUGAUCGGUUUAACAAUCCUAAAUCACAGAGUUUCGUUUUCCUGCUUUCAACAAGAGCUGGAGGAUUAGGAAUUAACCUGGCGACAGCGGACACGGUGUUUAUUUACGACUCUGACUGGAAUCCUCACAACGACAUCCAGGCUCUCUCCAGAGCUCACAGAAUAGGACAGUUCAACAAAGUCAUGAUCUACAGAUUCGUCACCAGGAAGAGUAUCGAGGAGAAGAUCACUCAGGUCGCUAAACACAAGAUGAUGUUGACACAUCUGGUCGUCAGACCCGGUAUGGGUGCAGCAACUCUCUCCAAAACUGAACUCGACUCUAUCUUGAAGUUCGGUAGUAAGAAUCUGUUCGGAGGAGUUGAAGACAAACAAGAGGAUGAACUGAUCGAGUAUCCUGAUGAAAUGGUUGAGCAACUUCUGGACAGAGAACAGAAGGGAUCCGUAGAGAGCAAAGAACAGUUACUCGACGACUACUUCUCCACCUUCAAAGUGGCUAGCUAUUCUGUUAAAAAGGUCGAAGAAGUCGUCGAGGAGGUGAAAGAGGAGAUUAAGGAGCCGGAGAAGGAGAUAAUAUCGGACGAGUUCACAAUGGACGAUCCGAGUUACUGGGAGAAACUGCUGAGACACCAUUAUGAGCAGCACCAAGAAGGAGAGUACGCCAAGAUGGGUAAGGGCAAGAGGAUCAGGAAGGCUGUCAACUACUACACCGAGGGUCUGGAGUCUCUUAGUACCAAGAAGGACGAGGACGAAUUUGAUGACCAGGACGACAACGACUUCAGUGAUGAGGAAAGUGGUCCAAGAAAGAAGAUGAGACGUGGUGCGUCCUUCCCCAUCAAACCCAACGAGGCUGCCUUACCGCCCUUACUCGCUCGGGUUGGCGGACAGCUCGAGGUUCUGGGGUUCAACUCUCGACAGAGGAGAUCUUUCUUGAACGCUGUCAUGAGAUACGGCAUGCCACUCUCUGAUGCCUACCACACCAACUGGCGACCAAGGGACCUGAAGAACAAGUCUGAAAAGGAAUUUAACGCGUACGUUUCACUCUUCAUGCGACAUUUGUGUGAGCCAGAUAAUGGUAACAGCCAUUACUUUGCUGACGGUGUACCAAAGGAAGGACUCCCCCGACAACAGGUCCUAGCCAGGAUCGGAGUUAUGGGUCUCAUCCGACGUAAAGUUAACGAGUAUGCUCACAUUAACGGUGACCUCCCAUCCAGACCAGGAUCUCCAGACGGUGUAACCACAUCCCACACUCACCCCUCGAUCCAGGCGCCAGGUAUGCCACUAGUCGCCCCUGGCACGCCUCAACCUGUCCCCGAUACACAACAAAUUGCUCCAGCUGCAGUGGACCCCACAACUGUAGAACCGGAGAAACCUGUUAACUCAGAAGAGACUGCUGAAACCGACCAAUCAGAGAGCAAACCUGAGGGUUCCACUGAGACUGAGAAACCAGCUGAGCUUGAGGGUGAGAGCAAAGAGGAGAGCAAGGAUGAAGAGAAGACAGAAGAGAAAAUGGAGACGGCAAGUGAAGACAAACCAGAAGACGAAGAAGAGGAGACAGAGCCGGUCGUUGAAAAAGAGGGAGAAAAUAAAGAAGAGAAAGUGGAGCUCAUGGAAACAGAAGAGAAAUCAGAAGAGAAGCCUAGUGAAGAAACAUCUGAACCAGCGGCAGAAACGAAGGAAAAUGAAGAGCUACCCAACGGAGAGGAAAAGAAAGCUGAGACAGAGAUAGUGGAGGAGAAAAAUGACGAAGAGAAGAAAGAAGAUAAAGCAGCAGCAGAAGCAGAGACAGAACAGAAGGCUGAAGCACCUGCUGAGCAAGCUGCUCCUUCACAAGUUGAAGAGUCUCCCAAGAAGAAGUUCGUGUUCAAUAUCUGUGAUAGAGGUUUCACAGAGUUGCACAACAUCUGGCGCGAGGAGCACUUUUCAGGCAACACUUCCAUCUGGUCCAGACUUCACGACUACUGGUUACUGGUAGGAGUCAUUUACCACGGAUAUGGCAGAUGGCAGGAUAUCAUUAACGAUUUGAGGUUCAACAUCCUAAACGAGCCAUUUGGAGGAGAUCGCAGGCUUGAAAUAAGCGGAGAAGUUGUAGACAAGAUAAAGUUCAUGUCACGUCGGUUUAAACUACUGGAACAAGCGCUGGUCGCUGAAGCUCAAGUGAACCGAGCAGUAGAGCUGGGAAUACAACAGAACCCAAACCAUCCCGUCAUGAGUUUGAACGCCAGAGCUGCUGAGUUGGAGUGCCUUGCCGAGUCUCACCAGCAUUUAGCUAGAGAGAGUUUGGCUGGUAACCGACCUGCUAACAGCGUGUUGAGGAAGGUACUCAGUCAGUUGGAGGAUAUACUCGCUGAAAUGAAGAACGAUGUUAACAGGUUGCCAGUUGCCAUGAGUAAGAUCCCGACAGUCACAGAACGGCUCCAGAUGACAGAGAGGAACAUACUGAACAGACUGUUAGCAGCCAGGAACCUGGAGAAUGGAGAGAAGAGUGCCGCAGCUAUAAUACCUGGAGUCAACCCUGCUCCUCCCAUCGUGUACUCCUCCCCGCCAACUAGCACUAACAUUGGCUCCAGUGUUACGCCAGGAAUGAAGAUCCAACCAAAGCCCCUGUCCAACUCUGCAGCUUUGUCAAAUCAGCUGAAGAACAACAACACAAUACUGUCCCCCCUAACCCAGCAUUUACAGGCUGCUCUCAAACAACACCAGGCCAUACAGCAGCAACAGCAGCUACAAAACGUGUUCCUGCAGCAGCAACAACAGCAAGCAGCAGUGGCAGCAGCAGCCGUGGCCAAGAGCUCCAGUUCAUCCCCCAGCCAGAAACCAAGUGAUCUCAUGGCUAACAGGCUACAGAGUAUCAUAAGAAGCCAAGCGGCACACUUGGGACUAAUCCGUCCCCAGAGUGCUGCAACCAGCACCCCCAACAUUGUACUCAACAACAACAUUGCUGGUGUUAUUCAGAAACAAUCCAACUCACAGUCGUCGUCUCCGGGUGGACAUGACAUCGUAAGUACUACAGCCAACAUUCUUAAGAAUGUUCUCGAGCAACAGCAAGCCGCUCAACAACAACAACAACAACAACAACAACAACAACAACAACAACAACAGCAACAGCAACAGCAACAUCAACAACAACAGCAACAGCAGCAACAACAACAACAACAACAGCAACAACAACAGCAGCAGUCCAAUGAGAAGAAGACGACUUUGCAAGCUGCAGAAGACCAUGCUCCGAUUGUCAUCGAAUAGAGAAGAAGAUUCCACACCCGUCCAACGCGCGCACUUAUCUUGUUAACUUUCUCAAGAUUGAUUGAGAAAUAGAGCAAGAUGACCCUCGUCCCUUGCCUUCUCGAAACUUAUACUUGACGCUGGGUGUGGGGUGACCGGUCCAAAUUUCAGUGAUCUGAGAAUAAUUUGCCGCGAUGGUUUUUUUAAAGAUGAACAUCUAGGUCACGUGUGUAGUGACGUGGGAUGACUUCUAUACCAACUUGUCAGCUGUUCGCUUCAAUCUUUUUUAAUGAUUCUUCUUUACAAAAGUAUAGCAUUUUAUUUUUUCCUAAUUCAUAAUCUUAUUACCAUCUUACUGAUAGCAAUAAUUCAAAUUUUAUGUUCGAAUUUAAA